AUGGCUGCGGCUACGGACGUGUGUCCGAUGAAGCCUGAACCGACUUUGUCGUUCACCCAAGGCCUCAUCGUCGGUCAAAUCUCCGUCGUACUCCUCCUAGCCGCAUUUAUAAAAUUCUUUAUAUUCGGAGAAGCUCCAUCGGCCGAAAUAACGGCCUCCACGAGAGCUGCCGAACGUCGAUCUCGUACCCUCGCCCACCGACAAUCCAUUCUUACUCUACGAUCCACGACACCAACUACGGCGAGGCCAUCCCUACCGCCAACGCUGAAUAAGAAAAAAUCGAGUAUACUUCGGAGCCCACCUACGCUUACGAUAGGGUCUAUAUUAAAUAAGACGUACUACAACGUCGAUAGCCACCAGCCCGAGUCGCUGGAUUGGUUUAAUGUCCUAAUCGCUCAAACAAUUGCACAAUUCCGCAGCGAUGCCCAGCAGGACGACGCAAUACUUACCUCCCUCACCAAAGCCCUCAAUGGCACCUCACGCCCGGGAUUCCUCGACGAGAUCAAGGUCACCGAGCUGACCCUGGGCGAAGACUUCCCUAUCUUUAGUAAUUGCCGCAUCAUACCCGUAGAUGAGGACGGUUUAAGUCUGAACACAGGCCCCAACGGGGAGAAGCGCUUCGAUGCCAACAGUUCUCGUGCGAAGCGUGAGGGGUCGCGGCUGCAGGCCCGGAUGGAUGUCGACCUCAGCGAUAUGAUUACAUUAGCACUAGAGACCAAGAUCCUUCUCAACUACCCGAAACGGCUGACAGCCGUAUUGCCUGUCGCGCUCGCCGUCAGCGUCGUGCGCUUUAGCGGCACUUUAAGCAUCUCUUUCAUUCCGUCAAACCCUUCGCAGUCAACUCCAACUAUGAUGGCAUUCAGCUUCCUCGACGACUACCGCCUUGAUUUCUCUGUGCGUAGCCUCGUGGGUAGCCGGUCGCGGCUACAAGACGUGCCCAAGAUCGCCCAGCUCGUCGAGUCUCGCUUACACCGCUGGUUCGACGAGCGUGCAGUCGAGCCCCGCUUCCAGGAGAUCGCGCUGCCUAGCCUCUGGCCGCGCAAGAAGAACACGCGUGGCGGUGACGACCCUUUAGAAGGAGUCUCGACGGCAUCAAGUAGCAUGGGCAAAGGCAAGGGUCGUGAAGUUGCUAAUGACGUCAGGGAGGAAGCCUUUAAAGAAUUUCAGGCCGAGGCCGCGGCAGGACAGAGACGUGAACUAAGCCCUCCUGAUAGUCUGAGAUAUCGACGGGCUAGGGGCCGGGAUGAUACCUCUAGUACGGGAGGAUUUAGCAUGCCGGGAAGUUUACCAGGAAUGACACUUGAUCUACCAACUUGA